AUGCAUCUUUUAGUAAAAAAGCAAAAAGCAAAACUUCAUUGAUUGUAAAACAAACGCAUCGAGCAUGGUAAAAUGAGCUAUAGAUGCUAUGUCUCUUAACAAUUAAGAUUAGAAUCAAAGUACAAAGAAGAAAACAAAAUCAACUUGAAAAUUCUUUAACAUAUUCUUUAGAUGUCAGCUUUCAAUGGUGAAAAUGAAGUACAAAAAUCACUCUCAAAACAUUUGGCACGGAACCAAUGCUGGAAAAGGAAAGGCCUUUUCUUUAACUUUCUUGUUCUGUGUUUUGAUUUUAGAAGACCUGAGCAAGAAAAAGCAAAAAACAGAAACCGCCAUGAGAGAAGACCAACAACGCCCUGUUCACCUCCAUAACCACCAGAGAAACAAGCUUUUUAUAACCACCAAGCUCUUCACUUAUACCACCGUGUAUGUCAUCAUCGUCUUGCUCAGUUACACCUUGGGCUACCUCUCUCACUCCUCUCCUCCUGCACCACUACCACCACUUCCUCCGCCGCCUUCUGUCUUUCAACUCGCUAGCUUACCAACCCAACUCGACAACUUCCGAGUCGCCCCUCACUGUUCCAACUCACCUCUCCCACCCCAUCUCGUCUUCCCAACGAUUCUUCAACGAGUCUUCAAAGGUUCCUCCCCUUACACCGAUUUCCCACCACCCCACCUCCGUUCCAUCCUAAAACCAAAAAGAAUCAGAGGUUGGGGAUCUAACGGUGACGUUUUCGAGCACUUAAUAAAACGAGUCAAACCCAAACUCAUCGUCGAAGUGGGAACUUUCUUAGGCGCGUCAGCUCUUCACAUGGUGAACGUGACUCGGAAACUCGGACUCCAAACACAGAUACUAUGCCUCGACGAUUUCCGUGGAUGGCCGGGUUUCAGAGACCGGUUCAAAUACAUUAACGACAUAAACGGCGACGUUAUGUUGCUUCAACAGUUCAUGCAAAAUGUGGUUUAUUUCAACGCAACCGGGUCGGUUUUACCCGUACCGUUUUCGACAAGAUCGGGUCUAGAGAAGCUAUGUGAAUGGGGAAUAAUGGCGGAUCUAUUAGAAAUAGAUGCGGGUCAUGAUUUCAUAUCCGCUUGGGGAGAUAUAAACGGAGCGUAUCGGAUAUUGAAACCCGGUGGGGUGAUUUUUGGGCAUGAUUAUUUUACCGCCGCGGAUAACCAUGGGGUAAGAAGGGCAGUCAAUUUGUUUGCGCAAAUGAAUCAUCUCAACAUCCGAACUGAUGGUCAACAUUGGGUCAUUGAUACUGCUUUAGUAAGAAAUUUUUGAUAUUUUUAUCCAUGUAAAAAAGAAUGGGAAAACUUUGGGGUUGAUUGUGUAAUAAUGGGAUUUACCUUGGCCUUCAUAGUCAUUCAACAAAGCAAGAAUAAAAAAAAUAAUUUUUUAAA